ACCACCACCAACACCACUUUGGCGAAGACGCAGCGACAAAGGCCGUUACGGCCUCGACAAUUGGCAUCAUGUCGUGGAAACGGAGCGAGAGGUUGAUGGAUACCAUCAAACACUAUAGCAACUUUCCAGCAACGGGCAUGUAGGACCCAUAGUCAUUCCUAGCAGCCAUCUAAUGUCCUAUCAGGUGUAUCUCUACGCCAAAUGGUCCAAUUUGGAGAGAAGCCAUCUACGGGAACCCUCUUCCGCGCGUCACAAUUCCUCUCCGAGGAACUGCCCAUACGGUUAGCACACCGAGUGCAAGAACUCAAUGAACUUCCAGAUGGCCUCAAUGAGAUGCCGUCUAUACAAAGAGUGCGCGAUUGGUAUGCGCAGUCGUUUGAAGAACUCGUCGAAUUACCCCGGCCGACCCUCUCGAGCGAGAUCAAAGAGCGACUACUAAAACCAGCCAAGAAGAGCGGCGACAAGAACUUGAUGAGCAAGCCGACCCAGAACCCUAGCAUCAAAACUGGACAAUACCGAUCUGCGCCGACGACGAAUGGCAACGGAAACGGAAACUCGAAUGGAAACGGCGGUGGCAUCACAAAGGAAGUCAAGGGCGCAAGCCGAAGAUACUAUGCUGCGGCUGACGACGGACAAGACUGGCCACCAGAGCUGGGCGCAUACAACACAAAGUUCGCAGACACAUUGGAGAAGAUCAAGAGGCGGCACGACAGCGUCGUGACCACCGUUGCGCAGGGCAUCCUCGAGUGGAAACGCAAGAGACAAAGGAUGCAGAUUGACCACAAUAUCCAAGCUUUCCUCGACCGUUUCUACAUGUCGCGUAUCGGUAUUCGUAUGCUCAUCGGCCAGCACAUCGCCCUGACAGACCAACGCUCGCGGACCGAUCCCAACUACGUCGGAAUAAUUUGCACAAAGACCAAUGUCCAAGAACUCGCCCAAGAAGCUAUUGAGAAUGCGCGCUUCGUUUGUGAGGACCACUACGGACUCUUUGACGCACCAAAGGUCCAGCUCGUAUGCAAUCCGGACAUCAGCUUCAUGUACGUGCCUGGACAUUUGUCGCAUAUGCUCUUCGAGACCCUCAAGAACUCGCUUCGUGCUGUGGUGGAAAGACAUGGUGAAGAUAAGCAAGAGUUCCCUGUGACCAAGGUCAUCGUUGCAGAGGGCAAGGAAGAUAUCACCAUCAAGAUUUCGGACGAAGGAGGCGGCAUCCCUAGAUCCUCCAUUCCACUGGUAUGGACGUACAUGUAUACGACUGUCGACCAAACGCCGAGCCUGGACCCCGACUUCAACAAGAGCGACUUCAAAGCUCCCAUGGCUGGGUUCGGUUAUGGACUACCUAUAUCGAGGCUAUACGCACGCUACUUUGGAGGAGAUUUGAAGUUGAUUUCCAUGGAAGGAUAUGGCACCGACGUCUACCUCCACCUCAACCGCCUCUCCUCGUCAUCAGAACCUCUGCAAUAGCAAUUACCCGUCAUGAGGGGCGGAUGGACGUCGAGCGAACUCAUCCGGUCAUCCCGAGGAAUGGCACAAGGUAACGGUUCGCGAAAGUACAACCCUUUCCUGGCCAGCAAGGCGAUGAAGUUGAAGUUGUCUGGUCAGGUGAGUAGGGAGAUUAGCGAGAGGAGACAGGUGGGCGAUGCGGCGGAUAUGUUUGCCGAUAAGGCGAGUAGCGACGGGGAGAAGCCUUGGUGGAGGAAUGUAGGUAUGGAAGAAGGCAUGUGAGGUGUAAGAUGUUGGACUUGAAACAAUUAUUCAGACAAGUGGCUGAAGGCACUCGCGGAUUCGGGUGCCUGCGACCUUGAAAGGUAUCAUGCUUUGAGCCAGGCAUGAUGAUACGAUACGGCGUUUGGCGAAUGCCAUGUUAUGAUCUCAAAACACAUGAGAAU